CGCGCGCACAGCACACGCACUGCUAUCUCCCAGCGCGAGCGGAGCGCGGCAAUUAAAUGACGACAUAAUCUGAUGAAGUAGCAACAAUCGGGGGAAAAAGUGGAUCUUCAUGCGCACAUCCCGGAGAAUAUUCCAGCUGGCUUCAGGAUGAAGACACCGAUGCGCCAUGGAGUAGCCGUGUUUCUAGCGAUCACCAUGUGCACCAGUCUGUUGUUCGUGUACAGCGUCAGCUACAACAGUAACACUAGAGCAUCCAGCGCGUCUAAGGGUGGGUCAGGUGAGAAAGUGGAGCCCACCAGAGCGGCCCGCGCGCCUCCGGCACUGCAGGGAUACAGCAGCAUUAUUGAACACAAGCCACUGAAGAUGCACUGCAGGAGCUGCGCACUGGUCACCAGCUCGGGUCAUCUAACCGGUGGAGGUCGUGGAAAAGAGAUCGAUCAGGCAGAGUGUGUCAUCCGAAUGAAUGACGCGCCCACGGCCCAUGGCUACGGGGUGGAUGUGGGUCACCGCACAAGCCUGAGGGUCAUCGCUCAUUCCAGCAUGCAGAGAGUGCUGCGCAGCCGCCAUGAACUCCUUAACUCCAGUCAGGACACAGUCUUCAUCUUCUGGGGACCCAGCAGUUACAUGCGACAUGACGGGAAAGGACUGGUUUACAACAACCUGCGGAUUAUGAACCAAGUGCUGCCCAAACUCAAGGUCUAUAUCAUCUCCUGGCAGAAAAUGCUUCAGUUUGAUGAACUAUUCAAGAGAGAGACUGGCAAAGACAGGAGGAUCUCUAACUCGUGGUUAAGCACAGGCUGGUUCACAAUGACUAUUGCCUUAGAGCUCUGUGACAGAAUCAAUGUGUAUGGCAUGGUGCCUCCAGAUUUCUGUAGGGAGUCUCAGCACCCCUCUGUGCCAUAUCACUACUACGAACCAACGGGUCCGGAUGAAUGUGCCAUGUACAUCUCCCACGAGCGAGGCCGGCGAGGCAGCCACCAUCGCUUCAUCACAGAGAAGCGAGUCUUUGCCAGCUGGGCUCGGACAUUCAACAUCCAUUUCUACCAGCCAGACUGGAGUCCUCCGCCGUUACCAAGAAAUAACACGGCAACCACAGCCUUCACCCGAUCGCAGAAGACGUGACUCUUACUAGAGCCUUCAAAAGAUCUCAAACUGCCUCAAACGGAUCUCUGGAUAAUUCCUUUUGCCAUGUGGAUGGAUUGACUGAGAGAGACUCGGACUCGUGGAGAACUGAUGCUAAAACCUUUUCUUUUGCACAUUGAUUGUUUAGGUACAAAAGUCAUUCCAAUAGUGUGUACUCAUCCACAUUUCAGAAAAUUUGAUCAGUAGCUUCUUGAGCAUCACUGGAAGUUCUUAGUUUUAUGUGGUGUAUAGAAAAAACUAGAAAGGGUGGUGGAUCCAAGAGCUCUGGAGUGUCCAAGAUCUGCUUGCAACAAUAUUUGUGCUAAAGACAAUGUAAAACAGCACUCACAAGUCAUUUUACUUUCAUAAUAUCACAUAUUUCUGAGUGAAACAGGAUAGUCAACGAAAGAACGGGAGGAUGCCACUUGAUUUUGUGGAAUUGAUUUGAUUGUGAAAAGUGGUCUCUAAAUACUCUCUGUCAGGUGGUUUACAACUGCAGAACAGGGACAUAAAGAAAAAUACUGACCUGAAAUGUGCACCAAGUAAACAAUGCCAGUUUUGAUUCAUGUUGACUUAAAUAAUCAACAGACCCAAAAAAAAUGUCCCAAAAAAUGUGUUUUAAUGACCUGUACACUCUUUAAAAUAUAUAUUUUUUUUUUGGCAUUGAUGGUUCCUUGAAGGAAGUUUGAAAUCCAUGGAACCUUUUAACUGCACAAAAGGUUCUUUAUAGUUUAGAUUUUUUUUUUUUUUUUUUGAUUAUUAUAAUGUAAAGAAAAUAAUUUUAAGAACUGUUCACAGAAAUAAAGUACUGUUUUUAAAUAUGUUUUACAUGAUCAAACUUAAACCUUUUUACAAGUUACAUGAAACUUGAUUUAUUUUUUAUUUUUCUUUUAAGAAAAUUAAUUAAAUUUCAGUUGAAAUUUCUUAUUCAAUUUCCAAAUUGAUUUUGCCAAUUUUAGGGCAUUGCUCCUAUGGCAUUAUUUUUAGGAGUGUAUAAUAUACAUAUAUAUAUAUAUUUUUUUUUUACAGAAAAGUUAAAAAUAUUCACUGUGAUUCUUCACAGAUCUAGCUUUCUCACAUUUAUCAGAACUGAAAGUUUUUAAGAUGAAUCCAGCUGGAAUGCGUAUGGAUCCACAAGAAACGCUGCAGCAUGAAGGCUUAUAAAAAUGAAAUCGUAACCCAGCAUAAAUUAUUUUUGUGGUCAGUCUGGUGAGGAGCGUGUCAGAGGUGUACAGGACACAUACUGGUGUAAUUACGGCCGUCACAGCUGAAGGCCAUGCAUCGUUGACCAUGACCACACUGCACCUGUCAAUCAUGCAAAGUAUACACGCGUCGCGACUGUUAAAGCAGCCGCCGCAUUAAUGCGCCCCAGAUGACUGACAACUUGGCAUUGCUGUUGAAUACACAAUUGUUUGCAGACAUGCUGCACAGCUUUGAGUGAUGAGGCAGCCUGUUAUAGCUUGAAUUAUUGCAAAAGCUACUGUUUAUUUUAUAAAUGCAGAAAUGCCUGUCCAUCUCGGGGGGAAGAACAAGAAUUUGGUGAGAUUUAUUUCUGUAUGCUAACAGCUAUAGAACAAAUCAGGAAAAAAUAACAGCAGUAAGAAUUUUUUUUUCAAGAUAAAGUAAUUCCUGUAAUAAUAGGGUUGUUGUCUUAAUUGACCUGGCCACAAUAAUUAUUUAUUUUAUUUUAAAAGCAGAGAAAUGAUGCAGUUUUAAAUUACAUUGGUAAACAGCUAAAAGGUUAAUUAAAGGAAUAGUCCGGGUUCAGAAGUUGUUCAAUCAACAGCAUUUGUGGCAUACUGUUGAUUACAAUGCAGAAUAAUUUCAAUUUGUUCUUUAAAAAAAACACAAAAAAAAGGCAAGGCUGCAGUCACUUACACUAGAAAUUAAAACGUUGCUUUCACCAUUUC